AUGUCUUCGUACGGAUCGUGCGGCUCCUACAGACCUCAGACGCCAAGAGCCGACGUCAACUACCUGCGCGAUAUCUUCAACAAGGUCGACAAGGAUCGCAGUGGGCGCGUAGACGCGGUCGAGUUGCAGCAAUGUCUCUCCAACGGCACCUGGAAGCCCUUCAAUCCUGAAACAGUGCGCAUGAUGAUCAACAUCUUCGACCGCAGCCGCACGGGCAUGCUGAGCUUCGACGACAUCGUGUCCCUUUGGAACUACAUCAACGACUGGCUUCGGUGCUUCCAGGACUACGACAAGGACCGCUCGGGUUCCAUCGACAAAAACGAGCUUCGCGACGCGCUCAGAAGCUUCGGUUACCGUCUGAGCGACGGCACGAUCAAUCUCCUGCUCAUGAAAUACGACCGUGAGAGGAAAGGAUCAAUCACCUUCGACGACUACAUCCUGUGUUGCGUCACUCUUCAGACGUUCACCAGCGCCUUCAAGAGUUACGACACCGACAUGGACGGUUACAUCACUAUAAGCUACGAAAACUUUCUAAAACUCGGACUCAGUGUUUUUAUGCCAUAA